AUGCUUAUAUCCGAAAUAACGCAACAACAAACUCAACCUUCAAACACUAGCAAGGAUAUUUCUACGCAACCAACAAACACGAUUUUAAAUUCAUCCUUUGAAUCAAGUCGCAUAAAGCAAAUUCAUAUUGAAACAAAUAAUCCCCAAUGCCAAACCGCACCAACUCUAUCAAUAAACAGUCACACUUCACCUGCUACCGCAAACUCUAAUACUAAAAGCAGAAAAAAUUACGAUAUUACGAAUAACAGGUUUCCGACUAUGGCUCCAAGUCCCAGUCCUGAUUUUGUAGAAAGUUUCGGAAAAUCAGCAAUUUGGGGAACGGGAGACGGAUUUACUUUGGGAUUAAUUUUUGGUGCUGUUAUUGGAGCUGUAUUAGGCUUAUGUUUGAUGCUCUGCGUGUAG